AUGGAUAACAUUGGAGACACCGACUUGGCUCUUGAAGCAUUUGAGCAGAUGGAUACCAGGAGUUUUAUAUAUUCAGUCAUCUUAUUCGCUGCUUGCUGUAUCAUUUCGUUACUUUUUAUUUGGAUAUCUCCGUCACCCAAUUUAAAUCUUGAACACAAGAUAGAGACACAAAGCAACACAAAAGAAGUCAGUAUUCAACUUUCAAUGAAAAAUUUGAAAUUUUAUCAUCGCUCACUUACCUUUUUAGUUAAGUCAAACAACAAAUUCAGAGCAAUGGGAAUCAUUGUUACAGGCUUUGUGAAGCUGAAAAAGAACAAUUUAGUCAUUCGUGAAUUUACGAUCGAAAACCUUCCUCUUAAACUAUUUAACAAUAAGUAUUCACAAGUAUUUUCAACAGGAAAGUUCAGUGUUGAUGAAAUUGGCGGAUAUAUUAACUUCAUUUCAAAAGAUCAGCCAAUUCAAGCUUUAGAAUACACCUGGCAACUGGAGAAUUCAUCAUUCAUUUUCUUCCACUUACUACUCAAAUCUGUCAUUUGCAUAAUCAUUACUCUUAUGCUCUUUAAAUUCAUCAGAAAAGUUGAUAAACUUGAGAGCGAACCGACUUACAUACAAGCAUUAACACAUAGAUUAUCAUAUGUUUUUGCUUUUUGCUUCUUACCGAUCCCAGAAAUUUGCUAUUUCAUGAACAUUCGAGGAUUCCAAACUUUAAUUUCUAGUUUCGAAUUUGUUUCAGUGAUAACAUUGAUUUCAUACAUGGUUAUUUCAGCAUGGGACCUUUCUGUUCAUAAUGCUGAUAGCGAACCUCAAUUUAUUGAAAAAUUAUUUGCAUUAGCGAUUUUUCUGAUUGUUGUAUUACUUCUCCCUCAAACAUUUAAGAUAGGAUAUGGAGAAAUACAAAAUUUCUUGGAGAAUUGGCUCGGUAUUUUUACAAUUUUGGUAAUUGUUUUCUCAUUAACGAUUAUUCCUGAUAGAAUCAAGAAGCAAGCACCAGAACAUAAAGUAUCGAUAGUUCAUAUAGCUUAUACAUUGAUCCCAACCUUAGUUUACGCGUAUUUCAAAUCUACCAAUCAGAAAAGAAUCUCUAUAUGCGGAUUAUUGUUAUUUAUUUACACUGCCAUUGCAUUUUCUUUUAUUUUGUUGCUCCAUUGGCCGGAGGAAGCUUCAGAAUAUGUUACAACUUACAUUACUAUUCCAAAGGAUUCAUUCCCAUCAAAACAAGAUUCAGUGAAACGCAGAAAAGCUUAA